GGACACUGAGAUAGUUAAACAUUUAGUAGAACAUGAUGCUAAUGUCAAUAUUUGUAAUAUGAAAAAUGUCAAUGUAUGUAGCAUCACAGAAUGGACACACUGAGAUGGUUAAACAUUUAGUAGAACAUGAUGCUAAUGUCAAUAUUUGUAAUAUGAAAAAUGUCACUCCGCUCUAUUUAACAUCACAGAAUGGACACUGAGAUAGUUAAACAUUUAGUAGAACAUGGUGCUAAUGUCAAUAUUUGUAAUAUGAAAAAUGUCAAUGUAUGUAGCAUUACUUGAUGGACACACUGAGAUAGUUAAACAUUUCGUAGAACAUGGUCCUAAUGUCAAUAUUUGUAAUAUGAAAAAUAUGUCACUCUGCUCUGUUUAGCAUCACAGAAUGGACACACUGAGAUAGUUAAACAUUUAGUAGAACAUGGUGCUAAUGUCAAUAUUUGUAAUAUGAAAAAUGUCAAUGUAUGUAGCAUCACAGAAUGGACACUGAGAUAGUUAAACAUUUAGUAGAACAUGAUGCUAAUGUCAAUAUUUGUAAUAUGAAAAAUGUCAAUGUAUGUAGCAUCACAGAAUGGACACACUGAGAUGGUUAAACAUUUAGUAGAACAUGAUGCUAAUGUCAAUAUUUGUAAUAUGAAAAAUGUCAAUAUAUGUAGCAUCACAGAAUGGACACACUGAGAUAGUUAAACAUUUAGUAGAACAUGAUGCUAAUGUCAAUAUUUGUAAUAUGAAAAAUGUCACUCCGCUCUAUUUAGCAUCACAGAAUGGACACUGAGAUAGUUAAACAUUUAGUAGAACAUGAUGUUAAUGUCAAUAUUUGUAAUAUGAAAAAUGUCAAUGUAUGUAGCAUCACAGAAUGGACACAUUGAGAUAGUUAAACAUUUAGUAGAACAUGUUGCUGAUGACAAUAUUUGUAAUGGCGAGGAUGUUGCACCACUCCAUAUAGCAUCACAUGAUGGACACACUGAGAUAGUUAAACAUUUCGUAGAAUGUGGUGCUGAUGACAAUAUUUGUGAUGUGAGAAAUGUUGCUCCACUCCAUAUAGCAUCACAUGAUGGACAUACUGAGAUGGUUAAACAUUUCGUAGAACACGGUGCUGAUGUCAAUAUUUGUAAUAUGAAAAAUGUCACUCCGCUCUAUUUAGCAUCACAGAAUGGACACACUGAGAUAGUUAAACAUUUAGUAGAAUGUGGUGCUGAUGUCAAUAUUUGUAAUAUGAAAAAUGUCAAUGAUGUUGCACCACUCCAUAUAGCAUCACAUGAUGGACACACUGAGAUAGUUAAACAUUUCGUAGAAUGUGGUGCUGAUGACAAUAUUUGUGAUGUGAGAAAUGUUGCUCCACUCCAUAUAGCAUCACAUGAUGGACACACUGAGAUGGUUAAACAUUUCGUAGAACACGGUGCUGAUGUCAAUAUUUCAUCACAGAAUGGACACACUGAGAUAGUUAAACAUUUAGUAGAAUGUGGUGCUGAUGUCAAUAUUUGUAAUAUGAAAAAUGUCACUCCGCUCUAUUUAGCAUCACAGAAUGGACACACUGAGAUAGUUAAACAUUUAGUAGAACAUGGUGCUAAUGUCAAUAUUUGUAAUAUGAAAAAUGUCAAUGUAUGUAGCAUUACAUGAUGGACACACUGAGAUAGUUAAACAUUUCGUAGAACAUGGUCCUAAUGUCAAUAUUUGUAAUAUGAAAAAUAUGUCACUCUGCUCUGUUUAGCAUCACAGAAUGGUCACACUGAGAUAGUUAAACAUUUAGUAGAACAUGCUGCUAAUGUCAAUAUUUGUAAUAUGAAAAAUGUCAAUGUAUGUAGCAUCACAUGAUGGACACACUGAGAUAGUUAAACAUUUAGUAGAAUGUGGUGCUGAUGUCAAUAUUUGUAAUAUGAAAAAUGUCACUCCGCUCUAUUUAGCAUCACAGAAUGGACACUGAGAUAGUUAAACAUUUAGUAGAACAUGGUGCUAAUGUCAAUAUUUGUAAUAUGAAAAAUGUCAAUGUAUGAAGCAUUACAUGAUGGACACACUGAGAUAGUUAAACAUUUAGUAGAACAUGGUCCUAAUGUCAAUAUUUGUAAUAUGAAAAAUAUGUCACUCUUCUCUGUUUAGCAUCACAGAAUGGUCACACUGAGAUAGUUAAACAUUUAGUAGAACAUGGUCCUAAUGUCAAUAUUUGUAAUAUGAAAAAUAUGUCACUCUGCUCUGUUUAGCAUCACAGAAUGGACACACUGAGAUAGUUAAACAUUUAGUAGAAUGUGGUGCUGAUGUCAAUAUUUGUAAUAUGAAAAAUGUCACUCCGCUCUAUUUAGCAUCACAGAAUGGACACACUGAGAUAGUUAAACAUUUAGUAGAACAUGGUGCUAAUGUCAAUAUUUGUAAUAUGAAAAAUGUCAAUGUAUGUAGCAUUACAUGAUGGACACACUGAGAUAGUUAAACAUUUCGUAGAACAUGGUCCUAAUGUCAAUAUUUGUAAUAUGAAAAAUAUGUCACUCUGCUCUGUUUAGCAUCACAGAAUGGUCACACUGAGAUAGUUAAACAUUUAGUAGAACAUGCUGCUAAUGUCAAUAUUUGUAAUAUGAAAAAUGUCAAUGUAUGUAGCAUCACAUGAUGGACACACUGAGAUAGUUAAACAUUUAGUAGAAUGUGGUGCUGAUGUCAAUAUUUGUAAUAUGAAAAAUGUCACUCCGCUCUAUUUAGCAUCACAGAAUGGACACUGAGAUAGUUAAACAUUUAGUAGAACAUGGUGCUAAUGUCAAUAUUUGUAAUAUGAAAAAUGUCAAUGUAUGAAGCAUUACAUGAUGGACACACUGAGAUAGUUAAACAUUUAGUAGAACAUGGUCCUAAUGUCAAUAUUUGUAAUAUGAAAAAUAUGUCACUCUUCUCUGUUUAGCAUCACAGAAUGGUCACACUGAGAUAGUUAAACAUUUAGUAGAACAUGGUCCUAAUGUCAAUAUUUGUAAUAUGAAAAAUAUGUCACUCUGCUCUGUUUAGCAUCACAGAAUGGACACACUGAGAUAGUUAAACAUUUAGUAGUACAUGGUGCUAAUGUCAAUAUUUGUAAUAUGAAAAAUGUCAAUGUAUGUAGCAUC